AUGAAAUUUGCAAAAGUUUAUCAGCAAACCUUAGAGGAUGAAGGAAUCCCCAAAGAUUGGGCAGAAUCUGGAAUCCAAUAUAAGGCUCUUAAAAAAUGUAUUAAUAAAGUUGUCGAAGAACUUAAAGAAAUUGGUUUAGAGCGUGAAACUCUUCUUGCUCUUCUUCAAUACCAAGACUCUUCAACUAAUAAUAAUAAUAAUAAUAAUAAUAAUAAUAAUAAUAAUAACACUUCCCAACGACGUGAAUCAAGCCCAGAACCUUCAACUGCUCUUGCAUUACGCUCAAGAUCAACUCCUCCAAUCAAUAACCGACUGGCCUCGGUCAUUGCUUCUCAAGUUCGCUCUCCAUCAGUCCCAAGAUCCUCACGCUCUUCUUCAAUCUCCAGCAAUGCAAAUAAUAAUAAUAAUAAUAGUAAUAACAACAACAACUCCCAUUCUUCUCACAACCGCCGUCGAUCACGAGCAGAUAGCUUGGCUUCAGAAUAUAGACAACAGCGUACCAGCUCUCCAGUUAUCUCGUACAAGUUUGACGGCACUAUGAAAGACUUUACUCCUAAGAUUGUGGUGGCCAUUGAAACCGAAUCUAAUACCCCGGUGGAUGUAUCACUUUCUUCAGUCACUAUUGACCAGCUUCGCAAAAUGAGAAUCGAAUCAGAAGAUGACUUGUACAAAAAACCAAGUAACUCAUCAAGAAUUAGUUUGGUGGAAAGUGAUGAUAGCUCUGAUGCAUCAUCCAGUUACAAUAUCCCCUCUUACCUCAACUCCUCCUCGGCUGCUUCAAUAAUGACUACAGACUCUAUUGCCGAAGAAAUGUUUUACAACCCUCGUGUCGGUAUUUCUGACUUUGAUUGUGUUUCUCUUUAUGCUUCUGAAGAUGAACAUGAAUGUCUUCUUCCUCAUACCGCGUCUUCAGACUCGAGUUUAGUUUCUUCAGACUCAGAUUCAGAUUCAGGUUCAGAUUCAGAUUCAGAUUCUGAAGAAGAUCCUCAGCCUAACAUUCGUGUGAUUGAAAUUCAUUUAGAAUCAGAUUCUGUAUUUUUCCAUAUGCUAACAAAUGAGCUCAAGAAUUUGGAUGAAUUUAAAGAAAAACGAGAAGAAUCAUUGACUCAAGAAAUUGCAACCUUGAGAGACUCUAUUUCAAACCUGGUAGAUCCCAAGGCCCGCAAAUCUGACAUGUAUACCUGGCGUGAGAUAUUCAAGGAGUAUAUGAUGGCCAAUGUGUUUUUCGCUACAAUGGAGUCUGAUCAUGGUGAGCAUAAUAUCGAGACUGCGAGACGCAAGUUGGUCCACUUUGCAGCACGAAUUCUUGGGUUUAACAAUACAGCUCAAUUGGUCCUUUCUCUCAAUGCAUACCUCGAGAAGAAUGGUGUGACUGGAAUCACGGCUCAAGACCUGGCUAAUCUUGACAAGGCUUCAACGGCUAAAAUUGAAACAGCUCUUGAUAUGUUUUUUAACCCAUCCUCGCCAUCACUUAAAAACGUAAAGACAGAAGUGCCCAAUCACAGCACGCCUGCCACUUACACUGCACCAGGUAUUUCUAAACAACGUAUUAUUUCUAAGCUUAAGGUGACCAAUACUACGACAUCUAUGAUUCACCAAUUUAAUAAGAAGGAGUCAUAUCAAGCAUUUAGACAGUUUUGGCACAUUAAUGUUGAAUUAUUACGGGUACUUCAGUUCCAAUCAAUUAAUAAGACUGCCAUCAAUAAGAUUCUAAAGAAGUUUGAUAAACAAACGGCUCUUGAUUCUAGAGUUUCAUUCCCAAGUUUGAUUUCUCAAGACCCAUUUUUAUCACAGAGUGUUGCCAAGGAUAUUUGUUUUGUUAUUACUGAGAAAUUAUUACCAGUGACUCCACAGAUUGAUGAUUUCUUAUGUCCUAUUUGUUUGAGUGUUGCUUAUAAGCCUAUUAGAUUAGGAUGUAACCAUGUUUUUUGUAUCAAGUGCAUGAUUCAUUUACAACGCAGUGGAGAGGAAAAGUGUCCAAUGUGUAGGAAACAUGUUGUGAUGGAUGCUGAUGAUUCUAACUUGGAUAAAGAACAUAUGCAGUUUUUGAAACUGUACUUCCCUAGAGAGUCUAAGGCUAAACAAACUGAAAUGGAACAUCAGAUUGCAGAGGAGCAAUAUGAAUCGCUCAAGGCUUCAGGUGAGUGUGCUAUUAUGUGA